CAUAUGCAGUCGUUGGGACAAAAUUCCCUUUGUGCGAGACACAACAACGCCACUUCCAACAUACGGGGGUUAUUUAUAUCAGGUCCUUUGAGUGUGGUUCAUACAGACUUGCCCCAAGGCCUUGUAUGCCAUCUAUGUUUUGUUACCAGGGCGGGGGGUCACAACAGCUCGCAGCUCCGGACCCAUCUCGGCGUCGGGCCUGCUAAUUAAGACAGACGUAUUCAUGCCCAGCAGCUGAUAAAAACGAAAAGAUGUGCUCGGGGUUGCACCCUGUUCAAAGCGCCUGGGCUACACAUGCGUCAUUUGGAAGAGAAGUGCGCAGGGAAUAUGUCCAAUGGCUCCUCAGUACGCACCAAGUCUGCGCUCCCGUCUGGCACCUUUGCUGCUUUUUGUGCAGAUAGGGUUCAUAUUCAUAUAUGCCUUUUACAUUGAGAUUGAAAGCCAUGUAAAAGAAGAUGGGAUUUCCUUCAGCAAUUUUUACGCAGAGUUCCAGGAUGUGAAUGUGAUGGUGAUUCUAGGUUUUGGCUUCUUAUGCACUUUUCCAGUGCGGUAUGGUUUCAGUGGCUUGGGGUUCAACCUCCUUGUAGCUGUCAUGGCCACCCAAUGGGCAAUCAUACUCAAUGGAAUUGAGUCCUGGUAUUACAGAGGAAUGAUCAGGAUAAAUUUGAGAAGCUUGGUGGUUGCUGAGAUGUGCUCAGCCUCUGCCCUCAUUUCAAUUGGAGCCGUGCUGGGGAAGACCAACCCUGUCCACCUCGUCCUCAUCGCCCUGCUGGAGGUGUCAGGGUUUGUCCUGAAUGAAUGGCUCCUCCAGGCUCUGCUAAAGGUCCAGCCUCUAAAGAGCAUCAUGCUGCUUCACAUCUUUGGGGCCUUCUUUGGACUCACGCUGACCUGGAUCCUGUAUCGGAAAGGAUCCGAGCAGCAAUUUGAAAAAGAGAAAUUUGACCGCAAAACCGGAUUAUUUUCCAUGUUGGGUACUAUGUUUAUGUGGAUGUUUUGGCCUGGUUUCAAUUCAGUCCUUGUGGACAAUCAUAGACCUGGGAGGAAGCUGGGGGCUGUGUUCAGCACCUACCUGGCCCUGGCUGUCAGUGCUGUAACAGCAGCUGCUGUGUCGGUGCUCUGCAGCCCCAAGGGAAAACUCAACCCGAUCCAUAUGCAGUCAAGCAUCCUUGCUGGUGGCGUUGCUGUUGGGGUUUCCAUGUCAGUGGUUCAUCAGCCAUGGGAAGCCAUGGCGAUUGGAUUCACCGCUGCUCUUGUAUCAACAAUUGGAUUCCGAUAUCUCAAGAUCCACAUGCUGCUUGCAUUCAACUGCCAUGACACCUGCGCUGUCCUGAGCACACAUGGACUCGCAGGUCUACUGGGAUGGCUAGCACAUCUCCUCCUACAGAUUAAAGACUGUGAUGAUCACACAACGGCAAUCCGGUUUGCCGUAUUUCACAUUUGCACUCUCUUCAUCACCAUCAGUCUAAGUCUGUCCAUGGGAAUCAUUACAGGGCUACUACUUAAGUGGAACUUUUGGAGGCCACCCCAGGACAAGAAAUGUUUUGAUGAUCAAGCUUUCUGGGAGGUAGGCAAUCAAGACCUUAUUUUAUUACAGUUAUGGAUUUGAUAUUAUUUUGGGUUGUGCUAUACCUUAAAAAAAACAAAACAAUGUUAAUUCAUAAAACAGAACUGGACAAAAUGUUUUCAUCUUUUGCAGUUUCCCCAGCUUGCCGUGCGCAAGUAAGACGGAGAAAGAAGUAGAUCAAGUCUGAUCCUGGAAGUACAAACUAUUUUUGGUGUUCAUUCAUAUCCAUGUAUAUAACUUGAUUAAAAGUUUUUAGAUUUUAUACGUG